AUGGAGGAAGAAAAAGAGAAAGAAUCUAUUUCGCUCUCUCCAAGGGAGAAUUGUAUUGACAACCAGGGACUAGAUAUCACGGGGGAAGAACCAGACAUUCUAGAAAAAACAAGGAAUGAAGAUACAGGAAUCACCUUGGAGAAUGGAACAGAGCUUUCCACUUUCCAAAGGGGGAGCCAGCAGCCUUUCUCCAAGGCAAGACAGUUCUACAAAACUCAUGCCCAGUUGUUCCGGAGAAUCCUGUUGGUCCUCCUAUGUACAGCCUAUGCUGCCUACCUUCUGGUGGCCUGUAUCCUGAAUUUCCAGAGAGCCCUGGCUUUGUUUGUCCUCACCUGUUUGGGCCUCUUCUUCUUGGCUUACAGUUUCAUUAAAAGGCAUUUUGGGAAGAAACUGUUGCAAUAUGGGAAGCCCUUUGGAAAUUCUAAGCUAUGGCUUUGGCUAAAAUGGGGUCUAAUGGUAGUUGCCUUGGUCGGCCUCAUCCUGUGGCUGGCCCUUGACACUGCUCAAAGGCCAAAACAGCUCAUUUCUUUUGCUGGAAUCUGUAUGUUUGUUAUCAUCCUCUUUGCCUGCUCCAAACACCACUUUUCAGUGUCUUGGAGGGCUGUGUUUUGGGGUCUUAUGCUGGAAUUUGCUCUUGGCAUCUUGGUCAUCCGAACCGAUCCUGGAUUUGCUGCAUUUCAGUGGCUUGGAGAACAAAUUCAGAUUUUCCUCAAUUAUACGGUGGCUGGCUCCAGUUUUGUCUUUGGGGAUGUUCUCAUCAACGAUGUUUUUGCCUUUCAGGCCUUACCAGUCAUCAUCUUCUUCAGUUGUGUGAUGUCCGUCCUCUACUACCUGGGACUCAUGCAGUGGGUGAUUGUGAAGAUUGCCUGGAUUUUGCAAAUUACCCUGGGCACCACAGCCACAGAGACCUUGAGUGUGGCAGGGAACAUAUUUGUGGGUAUGACGGAGGCACCUCUGCUGAUUCGGCCAUACCUGCCAGACAUGACAUCCUCAGAAAUCCACACCGUUAUGACUGGAGGUUUUGCUACCAUUUCAGGCACUGUGUUGGGAGCCUACAUCUCUUUUGGGAUUGAUCCUGCAUCCUUGGUUUCUGCUUCUGUGAUGGCUGCUCCUUGUGCUCUUGCCCUGUCUAAGCUGGUUUACCCAGAAGUGGAAGAAUCCAAGUUCAAGAAUAAGGAGGGCGUAAAACUGUCCCGUGGCAAUCAGAAGAGCAUUCUAGAAGCCGCCAGCAGUGGUGCUGCAGACUCUAUAGGACUCAUUGCUAACAUUGCUGUCAACAUCAUCGCCAUCUUGGCUGUGUUAGCCUUUAUCAACGCUGUCCUUUCCUGGCUGGGGGAGAUGGUGAACAUAGAGGGACUCACCUUCCAGGUCAUCUGUUCCUAUGUCCUACGGCCCAUUGUUUUCAUGAUGGGUGUGGACUGGGCAGACUGUCCAAUGGUAGCUGAGAUGCUGGGGAUCAAGUUCUUCCUGAAUGAGUUUGUGGCCUAUGAACAGUUGUCUCAGUACAAGAACAAACGUCUCUCUGGAAUUGAAGAGUGGGUUGGGGGUGAGAAGCAGUGGAUUUCUGUGAGAGCAGAAAUCAUUACAACUUUUUCACUGUGUGGAUUUGCUAAUCUCAGUUCGAUGGGGAUCACAUUAGGAGGCUUAACUUCAAUGGCACCCAACCGGAAGAGUGACUUUGCCAAGCUGGUAACGGGGGCCCUCUUGACAGGGGCCUGCGUAUCCCUGGUCAAUGCCUGUGUGGCAGGAAUCCUCUAUGUCCCCAGAGGGGCUGAGGCCAACUGUGCCUCUUUCCUGGACACAACAAAUUUCACCAGUCCUAGCUAUGACAUCUACGUGUGCUGCAGAGAACUCUUCCAGAGCAUCACACUCAACAACACUGGCCAGACAAGCCCAGAAUUUGGUGCUGAGACCAUUGCCAACUGCUGUGGACUCUACAACCAUACCAGCUGUAUCAAAAACAGCCACUUUGUGUAA